ACAGUUCUCACUUCUCGGGGACGGCACAAUUGUUAGAGCGAUGGGUGGUUGUCAGUGAGUGGGCUUGAUGGCGCACACCCAACAGGAUAGAUUGCUCCCCGCCGUCUGUCGUCCCGUUUGGCUGGAUGCCGAGAUAAAGGAUUUCUUCUGGAGGUUGGCGGGCUGGGCUGGACAGAUGACAAAUGUGGUGCGGGAGAGGGUAAGGUAGAGGUAAGAAACCCUGGCAAACACACUUCUUGAAUGCACGUAUUGCCAGCAAACGGCACAGAGAAUGGCAGAACACACCAGGAAGAUGGGCCAUGCAUGCAUGCUUCAAGCACACCGCAAGCGACCAAAACGCCGAUAACAAGCAAUCGUGCAGUCGACACGGUCACGUUUCGCAGAGUGGGAUGACAUCAGCCGCCUUUACCAGUUGGGACGACAGGCAGAAGCUCCCAUUUGAUCAAGUCCCCCAGUCCCUUCAUUCGACCAUGGAUCCCGUCCCGCCGCCUUCAGCUGUCGACGCCCUAAGGACGACUACUGUUCCUACGACAAUCUACGGUAUCCCGCGGGGCGCGCACACUCCCCUUCCCAGAAGCAAAACGCCAGGAAUCCUAACCAUCCAGAACCCGAAUGUCAGCUCCGUCGCCACAUAUCGCACUUUGCAGGCACAAGGAAGGGCACGAUCUGACAGACAGACAGACAGACAGACAGACAGACAGACAGACAGACAGACAGACAGACAGACAGACAGACAGACUGACUGGCGCCAAGGACUCGGGGUGGUGCGUUCCCGCAUUCCUUCUCAGGCUUCCAUGCCAUGACUCGACGAGGCAUUCCUGAGCUAAUCCCAUUCUGACAGGUUGACACCAACAGGGUGGGACACUGACAGCAAAACCGAUAGACAAGGUACUUGACACCUACGGCGGCCUACGGCUGGGCAUCGGCAAGCUAA